CCAGACGGCGCGCGUGUGUGUGUGUGUGUGUGUGUGUCUGUGGUCCAGGCUCGGAGGUCUGCCGACGGGGACACCGUCCCCCCCAUCAGGCCCAUGUUCAGCACCGAGCUGAUGCUGGACACACAGACCCUCACCUACCAACCGUCCCAGGACCACUUUCAGGAGACCAUAGGAGAAAUCCUGGGCCGCUGCCGGGAGACGGUGUUGUCUGUCGACACACUCGUGGCGGAUGAUUAUUUUAAUUCCUUUACUCAGCCCAUAAUUAACAACAAGGUGGAAGAGAAGACGUGUGGUGAGGGUCCCUGUUUGGAAGCCAUUCUAGAAGAUGACACCAACGUCAAGACCAUCAUCCAGAACAUCAAGCAAUCGCUCCAGGUGGCCUUUGACUCCGCCCAUGUAUACUCCUCCACCUUCGAGCACUUCUGGAACUUCUACAAGGAGAACGAGAGCCUCAAUCUGGAUGAACUGCAAACACAAGAUCACGACGUGGUGUUUUUUAGGGAAAGUCUCCAGAAGUAUCACUGGCAGUAUAAACAAGCCCUGGCCAUCACACAACAGAGACAACUGGGGCUGCUCCUGGUAGACACGGCUCAGCUGAAAAACAACCUCACCCCAUCUCCCCUACGCUGUCUGGAGACCGUCCAUGAGAUGCUGCCCCUGCUGGCUAAGAAGAGGCUGGACGCCAUCAUGUCCGAGUCCCUGGACGCCCAGAUCAGGCUGGGGGUCGUCCCCUCGGCCACCACCGAGUUCGUCAACUCCCUGACCUUCCUGGACGAGAUACAGGAAAGAAUCUCAGUGCUGGAGGAGCAGCAGGAGGUGGUGUCUCAGAUGUACCAUCUGAUCCAGACGUACGAGGUGCCCACGCCCCCAGAGGACCUGGCCAUGUUCGCCACGCUGGGCCCGUCCAUGACGGCCGUGCAGGGCGCUGUAGAAAAGGCGUCGGCGGAGAGGGACGCCAACGUGGACAAGUUCUGCACCUUCCUGCAGAGAGACAUCAAGGAGCUCAACCAGGAGGUCAAGGCCGUCAAGGAGAAGGCGCACGACGGCCAGGUCCUGGACAUCGCCGCUGACCCGGCCAGAGUGCGUCUGCUCCUGGGGGACAUCCAGAUCUCCAUCGACGAGCUCCACGCCCAGGCCACCACCUACAGCUCCUACCAGAGGAGAUUCCAGGUGGAGCUGACCGGGUUCGAUGCCCUCGAGGAGCUGAGUGCGGAGGUGAAGCUCAAGCACCUGCUGUGGGACUCGCUGGAGGAGUGGGAUACCGUCCAUGACACCUGGAUGCAGGCGCCGUUCGACCAGUUGGACCCGGAGCAGCUCAGCGCGCAGGUCACCAAGUACGCCAAGUGUGUGACCCAGCUGGAGAAGGGCCUGCCGCCCUGCAGCGCCGUGCCCAGCCUCAAGCGCCGAGUGGACGCCAUGAGGGACAAGAUGCCGGUGAUCCUGGACCUCCGCAACCCGUGUCUGAAGGCCCGCCACUGGGAGGUCCUGGAGACGGUGGUGGAGGCGUCGCUGACGGACGAGCCGCUCUGCCUGGCCACCCUGGAGCGGCUCAACGUCUUCUCCUACGGGGAGGAGAUCCAGGAGGUGUCCGGACAGGCGUCGGGCGAGACCUCGUUGGAGACCAUCAUCAAGAAGGUGGAGGAUGCCUGGAAGGCCACAGAGUUCACGGUUCUCACUCACCGCGAUGCUCAGGACGUCUUCAUCCUGGGUGGCACUGAUGACAUCCAGGUACUUCUGGACGACAGCAUCAUCAACAUCGCAACGGUGGCGUCCUCCCGCCAUGUUGGGCCCAUCAAAGCCAGAGUGGAGGAUUGGCACAAGAAGCUGUCCCUGUUCAGCGACACUCUGGACGAGUGUCUGACGUGCCAGAGGAACUGGCUGUAUCUUGAGAGCAUCUUCUCCGCUCCGGACAUCCAGCGGGAGCUGGGCGCCGAGGCCAAGAUGUUCCAGCAGGUGGACAAGUCCUGGAAGGAGAUCAUGAGGAGGGUCAACAUGCAGCCCAACGCCCUGUGGGCCGCCACCCAGCCCGGUCUACUGGAAAUCUUUCAAAACAACAACGCUCUACUGGACCAGAUACAGAAGUGUCUGGAAGCUUACCUGGAGUCCAAGAGAGUUAUCUUUCCCAGGUUCUACUUCCUGUCCAAUGACGAGCUGCUGGAGAUCCUGGCGCAGACGCGGAACCCCCAGGCCGUGCAGCCCCACCUCCGCAAGUGUUUCGACGCCAUCACGCGGCUGGAGUUCGCCCCGGCGGCCCCCGACGGCGCGCCCCCGGCGGAGCAGACUGAGCCGGGGGCCGGCGGGGGGGAGCCGGGGGCCGGCGGGGGGGACCCGGGCCCCGGCGGGGAGCAGGAGAAGGCCUUCAGUAACGAUGUCCUGGCCAUGGUGUCCCCCGAGGGAGAGAAGGUGGGCCUGUCCCGGGGUCUGAAGGCGCGGGGGAACGUGGAGGACUGGCUCUGUAAGGUGGAGGAGGCCAUGUUCUCCUCGCUGCGCCGCCUCAGUAAGGCCGCCAUCGUGGACUACCAGGACCGCUCCCGCGAGGAGUGGGUGGUGGCCGGACACCCCUCCCAGGUGGUGCUGACGAUCUCUCAGAUGAUGUGGUGCCGGGACCUCGAUGGCGUUCUGGAAGGGGACCACAACCACUUUGAGGCCCUGCAGGAGUUUGAGAUCACCAACUUUGAUAGGCUCAACGCGCUGGCGGCGCUGGUGCGAGGCCAGCUGCCCAGACUUCACCGUGACAUCAUCACGGCCCUGAUCACCGUCGACGUGCACGCCCGCGACAUCGUGACCGACCUGGUCCGCCAGAAGGUGGACUCCAGCGCCAGCUUUGAGUGGCAGAGACAGCUGAGGUACUACUGGGACGUGGAGCUGGACAACUGCAUGGCCACCAUGGCGCUGUCUACCUACGUCUAUGGCUACGAGUACCUGGGGGCCUGUCCCCGGCUGGUGAUCACACCGCUCACGGACCGCUGCUACCUCUGUCUAAUGGGAGCCCUGCAGCUGGACCUCGGGGGGGCCCCCGCGGGCCCCGCAGGGACCGGCAAGACGGAGACCACCAAGGACCUGGCCAAGGCCCUGGCCAUCCAGUGUGUGGUCUUCAACUGCUCCGACGGCCUGGACUACAAGAUGAUGGGCCGGUUCUUCAGCGGUCUGGCCCAAUCAGGGGCCUGGUGCUGCUUCGACGAGUUCAACCGCAUCGACAUCGAGGUGCUUUCUGUCAUCGCCCAGCAGCUCAUCACCAUCCGGAACGCCAAGAUGGCCAAGCUGUCCAGGUUCACGUUCGAGGGCCGUGAGAUCAACCUGGUGACGUCGUGUGCCGCCUUCAUCACCAUGAACCCCGGCUACGCAGGCCGCACGGAGCUCCCCGACAACCUCAAGGCCCUGUUCAGACCCAUCGCCAUGAUGGUGCCCAACUACGCCCUCAUCGCAGAGGUGAUCCUGUACUCCGAGGGCUUUGAGUCGAGCAAAACGCUGGCCAGGAAGAUGACCCAGAUGUACAAGCUGUGCUCGGAACAGCUGUCUCAGCAGGAUCACUACGACUUCGGCAUGAGGGCCGUCAAAUCGGUCCUGGUCAUGGCAGGGUCUCUGAAGAGGGAGAACCCUGACCUCAGUGAAGAUGUGGUUCUCAUCCGAGCCCUGAGGGACUCCAAUCUCCCCAAGUUCCUCACCGACGAUGCUGUGUUGUUUGGGGGGAUCCUCUCCGACCUGUUCCCCGGCGUGUCCAUCCCCGCCCACGACUACGGCGUCCUGCACUCCACCAUCCUGGAGUCCCUGGUCAAACGCAACCGGCAGCCUCUGGCCGGCAUGACCAGCAAGGUGAUCCAGCUGUAUGAGACCAUGAUGGUGCGCCACGGUGUGAUGCUGGUGGGGCCGACGGGCGGGGGGAAGACCACGGUGUACACCGUGCUGGCCGACGCCCUGCAGUCCCUCCACGCCGCGGGCCACGGCGCAGCCAACCCCUUCUACCUGCCCGUCCAGACCCACGUGCUCAACCCCAAAUCGGUCACCAUGGGGGAGCUCUACGGAGAGAUCAACUCCCUGACCCUGGAGUGGCGUGACGGCCUCAUGGCGCUGAGCGUGCGCGCGGCGUCCGCCGACCUCAGCGGCGACCACCAGUGGAUCGUGAGCGACGGGCCGGUGGACGCGCUGUGGAUCGAGAACAUGAACACCGUGCUGGACGACAACAAGAUGCUGUGCCUGGCCAACAGCGAGCGCAUCAAGCUCAGCAACCUCAUACACAUGCUGUUUGAGGUCCAGGACCUGUCGGUGGCGUCCCCAGCCACAGUGAGCCGCUGUGGGAUGGUGUACAUCGACCCAGACGAGCUCAAGUGGAAGCCCUACGUCCAGACCUGGCUCAGCGGCCUCGGGGAGAAGCUCCCAGAGGCAGUGGGGGUGUACGUUCUGGAUCUGUUUGAGCAGUACGUGGAGAAGGGUCUCAGGUUCGUGUUGAAGCACUGUGCCCAAGCCAUCAGCCAAGUGGACAUCAGUAAGGUCACCACCCUCUGCUGCCUGCUGGAGGCGCUGUUGCUGGGCAAAGGUGGACCCGACCUGAAAAUGGAGGCCAAGCACCUGGACAGCGUGCUGUGCCAGACCUUUGUGUUCUGCUACCUGUGGGCGGUGGGGGGGAACCUCAGCGAGGCCCACUGGGACCCCUUCGAGAGCUUCGUCCGCGGGCAGUUUGAGGACAACAACGAUGCAAAGCUCCCCAGCUCCGGGGACCUGUGGGGCGUGUACAUGAACCUGGAGCACCAGCGUCUGGAGCCCUGGGAGGAGAUCCUGCCCUCCUUCAGGUUCCACAGGGACCAGGCCUUCUGCGACAUGCUGGUGCCCACCACCGACACCGUGCGCUACGGCUACCUCAUGCAGCGCCUGCUGUCCGUCCGCCGCUCUGUCCUCUUCACCGGCCUGACCGGGGUGGGCAAGUCGGUGGUGGCCCGUGGUCUGCUGAACGGGGUGCAGGAGGAGGCGGGCUACAUCCCCGUCUACAUCAACUUCUCGGCCCAGACGUCUUCCGCCCGCACCCAGGAGAUCAUAGAGUCCAAGCUGGACAAGAAGAGGAAGAACCUCCUGGGUGCUCCUGUCAAUAAGAAGGUGGUGAUCUUCGUGGACGAUCUCAACAUGCCCAAGCUGGACACGUACGGCUCCCAGCCCCCCAUAGAGCUGCUCAGGCAGUUCCAGGACUUCUCCGGCUUCUACGACCGGGAGAAGUUCUUCUGGAAGGAAAUAAAGGACAUGACCAUAGCGGCGGCCUGCGCUCCCCCGGGUGGGGGCCGUAACCCCGUCAGCCCCCGCUUCAUGCGCCACUUCAGCAUGCUGUGUCUGCCCACGCCCUCCGAGCACAGCCUCAAACGCAUCUUUAAUGCCAUCCUGAGCGGUUUCUUCAGUGACUUCCCUCAGGCCGUGCGGGGCUGCGCCGGCAGCAUCGUGAACGCCGCGGUGGAGAUCUACCAGCGCAUGAGCGUAGACCUGCUGCCCACGCCCGCCAAGUCCCACUACGUCUUCAACCUGCGCGACCUCUCCAAGUGUGUGCAGGGCAUGCUGCAGUGCCAGCCGGGCACGGUGAGGGACCAGACUCAGACUUUCCGUCUCUUCUGCCACGAGUGUCAGCGUGUGUUCCACGACCGGCUCAUCAACAACCAGGACAAGACCUACUUCAACGUCAUCGUCUCGGAGAUGGCCAGCAAAUACUUCAACCUAAACCUGGAGCCCAGUUACUUUGUGACCAAGCCGAUCAUUUUCGGCGAUUUCAUUAAGAUGGGUGCUGCCAAGGAGGGGCGCGUGUACGAGGACCUGACGGACAUGGACCGGAUCCGGGCGGUUCUCCAGGACUACCUGGACGACUACAACAGCGUCUUCUCCAAGGAGACCAAGCUGGUGUUCUUCCAGGAUGCAGUGGAGCACGUGGCCAGGAUAGCCCGUAUGAUCCGCCAGGAGCGGGGCAACGCCCUGUUGGUGGGCGUGGGCGGCACGGGCAAGCAGGCGCUGACCCGGCUGGCCUCGCACAUAUGCGGCUACACCUGCUUCCAGAUCGAGCUGAGCCGCGGCUACGGCUACGACAGCUUCCACGAGGACCUGCGCCGCCUCUGCAAGAUGGCGGGCGUGGAGGAGCGAGACAUGGUGUUCCUCUUCACGGACACCCAGAUCGUGCUGGAGGAGUUCCUGGAGGACAUCAACAACAUGCUGAACUCGGGAGAGGUGCCCAACCUGUUUGAGAAGGACGAGCUGGAGCAGGUGCUGGCGGCCACACGCCCCAAGGCCAAGGAGGCCGGCAUCAACGAGGGCAACCGCGACGAGGUGUUCCAGUACUUCGUGACCCGGGUGCGCGCCCGGCUCCACAUCGUGCUCUGCAUGAGCCCCGUGGGCGACGCAUUCCGCUCGCGCUGUCGCAUGUUCCCCUCGCUCGUCAACUGCUGCACCAUCGACUGGUUUGUGCAGUGGCCACGGGAGGCGCUGCUCUCCGUGUCCCAGACCUUCUUCCAGCACGAGGACUUUGGCGGCGGCGAGGAGCUGAAGGCCAGCUUCUCCCUGAUGUGCGUGGAGGUCCACGUCAGCGUCACCGACAUGGCGGAGCGCUUCUACGGAGAGCUGCGCCGCCGCUACUACACCACGCCCACCUCCUACCUGGAGCUCAUCAACCUCUACCUGGCAAUGCUGCGGGAGAAGAGGGAGCAGCUGGUGGCGGCCCGGGACCGCGUGAAGAACGGCCUCACCAAGCUGCUGGAGACCAACGUCCUGGUGGACAAGAUGAAGAUCGACCUGUCGGCCCUGGAGCCCGUGCUGCUGCAGAAGUCCACCGACGUCAACGCGCUGAUGGAGAAGCUGGCCGUGGACCAGGAGAGCGCCGACAAGGUGCGCGAGGUGGUGAAGGAGGACGAGGCCUUGGCCACGGUGAAGGCCGAGGACACCCAGGCCAUGGCGGACGACGCCCAGCGGGACCUGGACGAGGCUCUGCCCGCCCUGGAGAGCGCCAACAAGGCCCUCAACGCCCUGGACAAGGCCGACAUCUCCGAGAUCAGGGUUUUCACCAAGCCCCCCGACAUGGUCAUGACCGUCAUGGAGGCUGUGUGCAUCCUGCUCAACGCCAAACCGGACUGGGCCGGGGCCAAACAGCUGCUAGGGGACUCCACCUUCCUGAGGCGCCUGAUGGAAUACGACAAAGCCAACAUUAAGCCCCAGAUCCUGCUGAAGCUGCAGAAAUAUGUCAACAAUCCCGACUUCAUCCCGGAGAAGGUGGAGAAGGUCUCCAAAGCCUGCAAAUCCAUGUGCAUGUGGGUCAGAGCCAUGGACCUGUACUCCAGGGUCCUGAAGACAGUGGGCCCCAAGAGAGCCAAGCUAGCCGCGGCGCAGGCGGAGCUGGACGAGACCAUGGCAACGCUGGCGGAGAAGCAGGGCCAGCUGCAGGCGGUGCAGGAGCAGAUCAGAGUCCUGCAGGAGCAGUUCACCAGCAGCAUGGCAGAGAAGGACGAGCUGGCCCAGACCAUGGCCCUGACGGAGGCGCGCCUGGGCCGCUCGGGGAAGCUGACGGCGGCGCUGGGCAGCGAGCAGGCACGCUGGGCCGAGAGCAUCGCACUCUUCGAGGAGGAGAUCCACAACGUGGUGGGCAACGUGUUCAUCGCGGCCGCCUGCGUGGCCUACUACGGGGCCUUCACCGCCCAAUACCGCCAGCUGCUCAUCGACCACUGGAUGGCGCAGUGCCAGGAGCUGUCCAUCCCCAUCAGCGAAAGCUUCAGCCUGAUCAACAUCCUGGGCGACCCCUACGUCAUCCGCCAGUGGAACAACGAGGAGUUGCCCCGGGAUACCGUCUCCACGGAGAACGCCAUCCUGGUGACCCGGGGCCGGCGCUGGCCCCUCAUGAUCGACCCCCAGGAUCAGGCGAACCGAUGGAUUCGGUCCAAGGAGAGUAAGAACGGGCUGAAGGUGAUCAAGCUGACGGACUUCAGCUUCCUGCGCACGCUGGAGAACGCCAUCCGCAUGGGCAUGCCCGUGCUGUUGGAGGAGUUGAAGGAGACCAUCGACCCAGCCCUGGAGCCCAUCCUGCUGAAGCAGACGUUUGUGUCGGGCGGUCGCCUGCUGAUCCGCCUCGGGGACUCGGACAUCGACUACGACAAGAACUUCCGCUUCUACAUGACCACCAAAAUGGCCAACCCACACUACCUGCCUGAGGUGUGCAUCAAAGUGACCAUCAUCAACUUCACCGUGACCAAGUCUGGCCUGGAGGAUCAGCUGCUUAGUGACGUGGUUCGUCUGGAGCGUCCGGACCUGGAGGAGCAGAGGAACCAGCUCAUCGUCCGCAUCAACGCCGACCGCAACCAGCUGAAAGCCAUCGAGGACCGCAUCCUGAAGCUGCUCUUCACCUCCGAGGGGAACAUCCUGGACAACGAGGAGCUGGUGGUCACCCUGCAGGAGUCCAAGGUGACGUCGGAGGCCAUCCAGCUGCGGCUGCAGGAGGCGGAGGCCACGGAGGAGAUGAUCAACGCCGCCCGCGAGCGCUACAGGCCCGUGGCCACGCGCGGCUCCCUCAUGUACUUUGUCAUCGCCAGCCUGUCGGAGAUCGACCCCAUGUACCAGUUCUCCCUCAAGUACUUCAAGCAGCUCUUCAACGGGACCAUCGAGACGUCGGAGCCCGACAGUGAGCUGGAGCGCCGGCUGCAGACGCUGCUGGACCAGACGCUGCUGGCCUCCUACUCCAACGUGGCGCGGGGCCUCUUCGAGCGCCACAAGACCAUCUACAGCUUCCUGCUGUGCCUGGAGAUCAUGAGGCAGCGGGGGGAGGUGUCCGAGGCCGAGUGGCAGCACUUCCUGCGCGGGGCGCCGGCCCUGGACGAGGGGUGCGCGGCCCGGCCUGACGCCCCGUGGCUCAGUGACCUCCAGUGGCAGACGUGCUGCGGGCUAGAGAGCACGCUGCCCUGCUUCAAGGGCCUCGGCCGCAGCCUCACCAGCUCCAACAUCUGCAUCACGCUGGGCCGUAUGCAGGCAUCCAUCAACCCCGAGAGCUGGGAGGGCUACGACUCACUGGAGGAGGGGGGGCCGAGCCAGCGGAGCCACUGGAACGAGAAGCUGGGCGACUUUCAGAAACUGCUGCUCAUCAAGAGCUUCAUGGAGGAGAAGGUGGUGUUCGCCGUCACCCAGUUUGUGAUCGUGAGCCUGGGGCAGCCGUUUGUGGAGAACCCGCCGGUGGACCUGGCCACGCUGUACGGCGACAUGACGCCCGCCACCCCGCUGGUCUUCAUCCUCAGCACGGGCUCCGACCCCAUGGGGGCCUUCCAGCGCUUCGCCAAGGAGAGGGACCGCCUGGACAGGGUGAAGUCCAUCUCACUGGGCCAGGGCCAGGGCCCGAUCGCCGAGAGGCUCAUCCGGGAGGCCCUGGAGAGCGGCGAGUGGAUCUUCCUCCAGAACUGUCACCUGGCCGUCUCCUGGAUGCUGGCCAUGGAAGAGCUCAUUAAAACUUUCACGGAGCCCGACACCUCCAUCCAUCAGAACUUCCGUCUGUUCCUCAGCUCCAUGCCCAGCAAAGUGUUCCCCAUUACCGUGCUGCAGAACUCUGUCAAAGUGACCAACGAGCCGCCCAAAGGCCUGCGGGCCAACGUGCGGCGGGCCUUCAACGAGAUCUCCGGAAGCUACUUCGAGGAGCACGUCCUGGGGCGCCCCUGGAGGAAGAUCGUGUUCGGAGUCUGCUUCUUCCACGCCAUCAUACAGGAGAGGAAGAAGUUCGGGCCUCUGGGCUGGAACAUCGGCUACGAGUUCAGCGACAGCGACCGGGAGUGUGCCCUGCUCAACCUUCAGCUCUACUGCAAGGACACCACCAUACCCUGGGACGCUCUCACCUACAUCACCGGUGAGAUCACCUACGGGGGCCGGGUGACAGACGCCUGGGACCAGCGUUGCCUGCGGACCGUCCUGAAGGGCUUCUUCUCUCCGGGGACCCUGGAGCCCGGCUACGCCUACUCCCCCUCAGGUGUCUACCUCGCCCCAGAAGAAGACCGGCUGGACGUGUACAAGAAGUACAUCGAGGGUCUGCCCAUCCUGGACGACCCCGAGGUCUUCGGCAUGCACGAGAACGCCAACCUCGCCUUCCAGCGGCUGGAGACCCUGACGCUGAUCAGCACCAUCCUGGAGGUGCAGCCGCGCUCCUCCGCCCUGGGCGGGGGCAAGAGCAACGACGAAAUCAUCCACGAGCUGGCCGACGCCAUCUUGGCUAAGAUACCCGAGCGUCUGGAUAUGGACGAGGCUGAGGAGCAGCUCUUUGUCAGGGACGCCAGCGGCCGGCUGGACUCCCUGACCACGGUGCUGGGGCAGGAGGUGGACCGCUUCAACCACCUGCUCAGGGUGCUUAGGACCUCUCUGAGCACGCUGCAGAAGGCCCUGGCCGGCCUGGUGGUGAUGUCGGAGGAGAUGGAGCGCAUCUCCAGCAGCUUCCUCAACAACCAGGUGCCCUCCCACUGGGCCGGCGCCGCCUACCCCUCCCUGAAGCCGCUGGCCUCCUGGGUCCGCGACCUGGCCCUCCGCACCAGCUUCAUCCAGAGCUGGAUCACACGCGGUCAGCCCAAAUCGUUCUGGAUUUCCGGGUUAUUCUUCCCCCAGGGCUUCCUCACCGGGACGCUCCAGAACCACGCCCGGCGCUACAACCUGCCCAUCGACGAGCUGGGCUUCGGCUUCAGCGUGCUGCCGCUCUACAGGGACCAGACGGCCGUGGCUGAGGCCCUGGGGGGCCUGACCAGCAUCAAGGCCCCCCUGGACAUGGACGAAGAGCUGCCGGCGCCCGAGGACGGCGUGCUGGUCCACGGCAUGUUCAUGGACGCCUGCCGCUGGGACGACGUCGCCAUGGCGAUGGAGGACGCGUUGCCGCGGGAGAUGAACCCCCCGCUGCCCGUGGUCCACUUCGAGCCGCGGCUGAACUACGAGCCCGAGCCGGCGCUGUACCAGGCGCCGCUCUACAAGACCUCCGCCCGGGCCGGGACGCUGUCCACCACCGGUCACUCCACUAACUUCGUGGUGACGGUUCUGCUGCCGACCAGCAGACCAAGUGACUACUGGAUCUCCAAGGCCUCCGCACUGCUGUGUCAGCUCAACGAAUAACACACACACACACACACACACACACACACACACACACACACUGACAAACACACACACACACACACGCAACAAAACACACACGCACACACACACACACAACCCACCUCCUUCAUUCAGCCAAAAGAGCUUGAAAAGCACAACGAAGAUAUUUUUCAGAAACUGCCUGAAGAGGUAAAACUUUCGUUUCAUCUCAUGUUUUCCUCUGCCUUCAUAAAACGCUCCGUCUGA